UUACAUGCACGGGGACCGUGCGCCAUGCAUGACUCAUACUCAGUCGAGUCAGGAUUUUUGGCUCCGCUACAUUUAUCCCUUGAUUAACGCCUCUGCGCGUACCUACGUGGUGAGCAGUGACCACGAAACAGUGAUUCCAAGGUUGAAAUCUCGUUUCGCUAGUUGCAGAUUUCGCUCCCUCCCGGAUCAUGGUCUGGUCGUGAACUCAAGGGACGGACGCCGCAAUAAACCCCCCUGACCUGAGCCCAUUGGUAGGUGCACCAGUGUCGCCUCGCCAAGUUGCCACUGGCCUCAGCCGUCCAUGGCGACCGAGUCGUUGGCCUGCUCUGAACCCCUAUAAAACCCUCCAUUCGCUCCACAGUCGACACACACGCACACUGAAGCCAAGCCAGCUUAGCCGGGCCGGACACCCACGACGGCAUCGGCAUGGCCAUGGACAUAGCGCACAAGGACCACCUCCUGGCGGCCUACCACGGCCUCCUCGGCGCCACGGCACUCCUCGUCUGCGUGGUCGCCGAGGCCCUCGUCUUCGCGCUGCGGCGGAGCUUCACGCUCUACCUUGUCCCCGUCUCCGCGAUGCUGCUCCUCGGCCGCUACCGCCGCCGCGCCGCCGGCGGCGCGGGCGUCCGCGUCGGGCUCGUCGACUUCUCCUGCCUCAAGCCGCCUCGCCGGCUGCGGCUGCCCCUGGCCGGCCUGCUGGAGCACAUGGAGCUCGGCGGCUUCUUCGACAGCGGCAGCAUCGAGUUCAUGACCAAGGCCAUCCGGUCCAGCGGCAUGGGCAACGAGACCUACCUCCCGCCCGCGCUGCACUUCCUCCCGCCGGCAUCCACGCACGCGCACGCCAUCCGAGAGGCGCACAUGCUCUUCUUCCCCGCCCUCGACGACCUCUUCCGAAAGUCCAGCGUGCCGCCGUCCGCCGUCGGCGCGCUCGUCGUCAACUGCAGCGGCUUCUGCCCCGCUCCCUCGCUUGCCGCCAUCAUCGCCAACCGCUACCGGAUGCGCGCCGACGUCAAGCUCUUCAACCUGUCAGGCAUGGGCUGCAGCGCCGGCUCCAUCGGCGUGGACGUCGCGGCCGGCCUCCUGCGGGCGCACGCCCUGUCGUACGCCGUGGUCGUCAGCGCCGAGAUCCUCACCGUGGGUUGGUACUGCGGCAAGGACCACGGCAAGCUCCUCCUCAACUGCAACUUCCGCACCGGCUGCUCCGCCGCGCUCCUGACCAACAGCACCACGGCACCGGCGAAGUACCGGCUCGUGAACGUGACGCGCACCAACACGACGGCCAAUGACCUGAGCUACCGCGCCGGGUACCGGGAGGAGGAUGACGAGGGCAUCACCGGCUUCACGCUCGGCCAGGGCGUUGGACGCAUGGUCAGCGAGCUGCUCCGGGCGCACCUCCUCACGCUCAGCCUCUCCAUCCUACCGUGGCGCGAGAAGGCACGCUACGCCGCCAUGCUACUCCUGUCGAUGCGGCGGCGAGGGCAAGAGAAGCUCGCCGGCAGCAGCAUCAGCGGCUCCGGCGCCUCGGCGCCACUGCCGGACUUCCGCGCGGCGGCGGACCACUUCUGCCUGCCGUCGUCGGGGAAGCCGAUGAUACUCCGGCUGGGGAAGGGGCUCGGGCUGGGGGAACGGGACAUGGAUGCGGCGCUGAUGACGUUCCACCGGUUCGGGAACCAGUCGGCGGCGUCGCUGUGGUACCAGCUGGCGUACCUGGAGGCCAAGGGGCGGGUCCGGAAGGGCGACACGGUGUGGCACCUCGGCAUCGGGAGCGGGCUCAAGGCCAACAGCCUCGUGUGGGAGCGCAUCGCCGUCGCCGACGACGUCGCCGCCGGCGGCCGCGACGCGCUGGGGCCGUGGAUGGAGUGCAUCCACCAGUACCCCGUGUGGGAGGAAUAAAUGUACGAGACCGAAGCAGGCAUGCUAAUGCUAGCCUCCUCACGUAUGCGUGCGUGCGUGCGUGCGCCAUGCUGCCAUGUUCGACCAUUCCACAAGCUUGAAUGUUUUUGCUUGCUUCCACCAUUACUCCCAACCAAGUUCAUGUAGUACUAUUUGUGAAGUUCCAUUCAUGAACAAACCCUAUUAUCGAUCGAUC